ACCCUGGUGAGGAGAAAAAGUCCUCUGCCGCGGGGAGGAAAAAUCGAAUCUUCGUCGCUUUUUUCGCGAUUAUUUUCGAACGAUAAUAGCAAAAGUGAACUGGUGCAGCUCGCAAAACCCGUGGAACCGUGUCCCCCAAAUAGCGGGCGUUAUCAGCGCUACCAAAUCCGAGCAAAUAUUAGCUGAGGUUGAACCUUGGAUCAAGUUCUAGUGGGGGGCCAAUUAAAGUGACUAAUUGCGUGUGAAAAGUUACUUCCGGAACAUUGUUUUGACGGUGUUUUGUACGGAUUCCUGGUUACGGUGAGUGUUUAAUGGUGGUGAAUCUUUCGUAGAAGCUAGAGGCGGAAAAACAACGAUGUAUCAGAGCGCCUGCAGUGCUGCUGCCGGUGGCUGUGCUGAACCGGACAGACCUGAUCGGGAUGGACUGAUAAGUCACGAAUCUGCCGUGGCUCCUGUUGAACAUGAUUACAGUGGUUUUGACAUUGUCAAAGCGACCCAGUAUGGUGCAAUUGGCCGGGUUAAUGAACUAAUCGAGGCAGGAUGGGACGUCAAUCAGCCGGACAGCGAAACGGUCACUUUGCUCCAUUGGGCCGCCAUCAACAACAGAAAAGACAUUAUCAAAUAUUUUCUUGAAAAGGGAGCAAUCGUGGAUGCAGUGGGUGGGGAACUUAAUGCGACUCCCCUUCAUUGGGCUACCCGACAAGGUCAUUUGGGUGCCGUUGUUCUUUUGCUGGCCGCUGGAGCCGAUCCAAGUCUGCGGGAUGCGGAAGGUUGCUCUUGCAUUCAUUUGGCUGCUCAAUUUGGUCACACAGCCUUGGUGGCUUACUUCAUAGCAAGGGGAGUCAAUCCGGAUCUUCAGGACCGUGGUGGAAUGACCGCUCUCAUGUGGGCAGCAUGGAAAAUUUCUGCCCUUGAUCCCGUCCGACUUUUGCUCACACUUGGUGCCAAUCCAAGUUUAGCGGAUCACACACAUGGCAACACGGCUCUUCAUUGGGCAAUUUUGGCCAGAAAUGCUACCGCCGUCAGUACCCUGAUCCUCAAGGGUAAAUCUUCUCUGGACAUUCCCAAUCUGAGAGGCGACAGUCCCUUGACAAUGCUGCAACCUCACCUGGGAUCCAUCUGGAUCGGUUCCAAAGUAUCGGAAAAAGUCCGGGAACUCACUCAGCAAUCCCAACGAAGAAAUCCACUGGUCAGAUUUACGCUGGACAAACGAUUCCGCUGGUGGUCCAUGAUAGCAACGCCCUUCCUCGUGUUCUAUCUAGCGGGUCUUAUAUUCUGCGCCGAAACUCUUCUCAUCAUCAAAGUAUUUCUGCUAGGCUGCCUUUACGCUCUAUCGCACACAAUCGGACAAACGCUGUUCGAUGAAACCCUGAUGGCGCUGCUGCCGCUGAGCGUUUACAUGGCCACCAAGGCGUGGUUCUACGUUACCUGGAUGACCUACAUUGCGCCGACCGUUUCGUUCCUAGCUUCUGUGUCGUUCCUGACCUGCAGUGCCGGAUUGUGGCUGUGCUUCCUGAAAUCAUGGCGUGGCGACCCGGGAGUAAUUCAACCGACUCAGGAACAACGUUUUAGGACCAUCAUCGAGCUGUCGGAACGCGGUGGCGGAGGUUUCGAACCCUCGGCCUUCUGCUCGGCAUGCCUAGUUCGCCGUCCGGUCCGAUCCAAGCACUGCUCAGUAUGCGAUCGAUGCGUCGCCCGGUUCGAUCAUCACUGCCCAUGGGUUGGCAACUGUAUCGGUGCCAAGAACCACAAAUACUUUAUGGGAUUCCUGUGGAGUUUGCUGAUCAUGUGCGGUUGGAUGCUGUACGGAGGAGCCAAUUUCUACGUUAAAGCGUGCAACGUCAACAUGGAGGAAGUUCUUUCAGGUCUGUGGAAUGCCAUCGUUGCCAUCGGUUCUUGUAAUCCUUGGGUUGGCUGGGUAAUGGCCAACGCCUUGCUGCACAUGUCCUGGGUAACGGUUUUAACUAUCUGCCAGACAUAUCAAGUUGUCUGUCUGGGAAUGACUACGAACGAGCGAAUGAACCGAGGUCGCUAUCGACACUUCCAGGCCAAGGGUGGCAAGAGUCCGUUCACCCGUGGCCCGUUGAAGAAUCUGUUCGACUUCCUCGAGUGUGGCUGCGGCAUCGUGAAGCCACAGCGAACCGACUGGAUGCAGUAUUUCGACAUGGACAAACACGUGGAACACGAGCCGCUUUUACGGCCCGACAACUUUCAGUACGUCUGAGUGCAACGUAGCAGAGAGGAAAACACUAGCAGAGGCAAUAAAACUGGAACAGAAACUGGUGCGACAGUUAGAUCGUCAGUUCCGGUUGAAUGCGGCGAAUCGAUUGCUCGGGAACGGGGUGAGGAACAGGCUGGCCUAAAGCCAGCGGAACCGUUGAAUGUCGAAAUUGUUGCAGUCGAUGGUGAUGGUAAAGUUUAUGUUUAAAAAUUCAUACUUAACAUAAUGUUGGAUUUUUUUCUGCUGGGAAUUACAAUACCACGUUAAUUUUUCUUUGAAAAAUUGUGGGAUAGUAGGAUAUGGUUUAGGUUUUCUGGUUCCUCUCUGUUAACAUGAAAGAUAAUUCCAGUGUACGAUUGUGGGAAGGUUAGGCUUGGUAGUUAGAAAUCGUGUAGGUAAAAUAGGAAAAAGAAGUUUGGGCUUAAGACUAUGCAGUGCGUUUGCGUGUGUGAAAUAUUGCUUGUGAUUUUGGAGUUUUUUUUUUCAAAAGACACCUAUUACUAAUUGCUUCCGCUGAUAGUUUACACAUCUAAGUGGCACAAUUUUUAAGUUUGAUUUAAUUUUGUACUUCCGUAAAUGUUUCUACGUAGCUGUCUGGUUUUAACGCAAUCAUAAAAGUUUAGUAUUCUGCCAAUACAUAUUAUUAAAAUAAAAAUAAGACAAAACAAGCGAAAAAAUCAAAAUAGGUAACGCUUUUCGAACUUCUUGAAAAACCUUGCAAAAUUAUUGUAGAGACGUUGUCGGUAAUAAAUGCAUUACUAAAUUCAUUCUACUGUGAAAUAACAAGUGUUUCAUUUUUCCUUAUUUGGAUUAGAAGGAAUAAAUCGAAACCGCUUCAACCAUAGGUGAAUCCGUUAAUUUAUGUGACAGACUCUGAAUUUUUACUGGUAGCUUUGUCAACCUUGAGCCUGUUCAUAAUUGAAUAUUGCAUUGCCAUAUUGUCUAAAAAACUUUACCAAUUGGGUAAUAGUUGGGCCCAACAAAGGAGAAAUCAUUUCACUUUGUUAAAAAAUAGUAUCCAACUGUUUUAAGGCAUAAAAUACAGAAAAGCCUUUUUAUAAGUAUUUUAUUAAAAAAAACUCAACAAUUUAAUUUACAGCACAAGCCAUAGCACGAAUCAAUUUCUUCAUCUUUUCAAAUUGAUUGUGGAGGACAUAUUACUCAUGCCAACACUGCUCUAUUGUAAUAUUUAGGAUUGCAUUCAACACAAUUUUUCACAUACGUAAAUGAAAGUUUAGAUUUUCGCUUAUAGAUGUAGACCUUUUCAGUUUACAAUUUUUUUUUUAUCGAAACGCUUUUUUGAGUGUAAAACUAGGUACAUUAAUUUCCGGAAUAAAAACUGCUUAGGCAUUAGAUUAGUAUCCCUUAGGCAUAGGUGUAAAAAUCCACCACGUCUCAUUACUCGCCUUACGCAUUCAAUGCUUCGUUUCUGCUGUGUGUACUGUUACAUCUUACAAAUUGAUACAUUUCAAUGUCACUGUAUGAUAAUCCUUUUCAAUAACUACCUAACAGAAAUUAAUCUAUAAAUUACCGAAACAGAACAAAAACACCACACAUGCAUUGCGCUAACUAACCGUUAAGUUGUAAGUGCGUUCAAACAAAUAUCUAGAACGAUACAAACUGUAAUUUACUACAUAUAUAACUGAUAAGUCAUCAAGAAUAAAAUCUAUUGCUGUACCUUUUCUAUUGAAAAUAAAAGUGUAAAACAAAACUAUUUAGGUAUAUAUAAUAUCUAUUUAGGAAAACUGUUAGGAGCUAGACAGAAGCCCGUGUUAUACCAAAUACUUUACAAAAACACAAAACCGAGAGCAUGGAUGGAAUGAAAUUAAAAUCUUCCAUAUCAUCCGAUCUGUGCAAACGAAAUUAAAAGUUUUUUUCGAAGCACAACGAAAUACGAACCCGAAAAUUAUACGAUAGCUUUUGCAAGAAAGAUUCAUUUAUUAAUUCCAACAGAAACAAGUUCAAAUGAUGAAAUGAAUGCCAUGCAUUAAUUUUUGCGAAUGUGACUUCAUUUGAAUGGUACACCUUUUCAUUUUUUCAUUUGUUUCAGGUUUUAAAUAGAAACUUCGUUAAAGCAAUAAAACCGAUGGUCAGUAAUAGUUAUUGAAAAUUGAAGUUUCAGAUUUGGUUUAAUACUAUUUAAAAAACAAAUAUCAAUUACUUGUUGAAAAUAAAAACCACCUAAUGGGCCAAUUGGAUCCAUCGAACGUUGAAACCAGAACUUUUUCACAAAAGUAGUUUAGGUGUUCGACAAUCAAUAGACUGGAAUUUUAUUUGACGAAAUAUUUGCUCUGGAUUAAGCAUUUUGAUGGUAGGAUCUCAAAACUCUGAAAGAAUUGAAUUUUCCAGAAAAGGCAUUGAGAGAACUAAUUUAUAUUUCGAUUUUGUCCAAGAUUAGUCUAGUCAUAUGUAAGGUUUUCUUUAGUAUAUUACAGGCAAAAUAGAGAGAGAGAGAAAAUGAAAUAGCAAAUCAUAACUCGAAGCGAUUUCCUUUCUGUUUUUUCUGUAUUAUCAAACUAUGUAGAAAUAAACGUCGUUGAAGGUAAAAGCUAGGAAUAGAAUAAUCAAUAAAAUCCCCACCAUCCUUUGUCGCAAGAUUUUGGGGGCCCAAAAUCUAUCGAUAGUAUAAAAAAGUAGUAGGACAUUGCUGUUUUACGGACGCUGAUGUAAAUUUCUUCGAUCAAAAUUUAAAAAUAAAACAAACAGAAAUAGAAAAUGUAAAACGAAUAUAAUACCUAUUAUAAUAAUUUUAAGUGUAAGGUAUUCCCUGUGAAUGGUAUAUGAAAAUACCCUUGCCCACAAUUCAUCGCUCCCUUGAAGAAGAAAACCCGUUUGUAGAAACAUCUUGCAUGUAAAUGUUACAAAGAAAACAGUUAGAAAAUGAUGGUCAGUUUGGAACAAGCAAACAGGAAAAUAUCCGGGCAGAUCCAUACAAAACUUGAAACAUUUAUCAGAGAACAAUUUUAAUCAAAUUAUUGAAAAAAAAACAAUAUACAUAGAAUAUACAUUUCUUCUAUCCGCACAUAAUUUGCACAUGCCUAAGUGUAAUAAAUUAAAUAAAGUUCAACAAAAUUAA